CUUGGCUACCUCUACGGCCCCAAGGCGGUUGUGAAGGACAAUAAAAUACUGCUGCUGCUGAUGAGCUACAAGGAAUCGCAGGGUAGUCGUAAUCCAUCACAACCACCACCAUCACCACCUACAGGUUGGGAGGUUGCGUUGUAUGAGGCUACAGUGGCCGAGUCCAGCGGAACCAAAUCCACUAACGUGGACCAAAUCUACAAACUCCGCAGAGCCACUCAGGCAACUUCCUCAAACUUGAGGACCGUCUUCACCACGGCGAUGAAUACACACAAGUGGAGGUCCUUCGUGGAUAAUGCCGGGAGGGGCGUGGUGGACAAAAGCAAGAAGGUGGUGUUCCCUCUGGUGGCGGUGAGCUCCGAAAGCGGCGCGCAUGUCUGCACAGUUCUCCACUCGACCAACGGAGGGAGUGCAGCGAGUGAGACUUGGAAGUUCCCUUCGAGCGGUGCGGUGGCUGAGGGCUGCGUCGCUGCCACUCUCCUCGAGUGGGGCGGGAAGCUCCUUAUGAUUGCCACGGAUGAGCUUCAGCGCUACCGGCUGUACGAAUCCGGUGGCGCGGAGGCGGCGUGGAAGGAGGUGACCGGGUCGCACGCGUACCUGCUGGGCGACUUCCUCAAAGGCGUUGAGCGCGGCGAGGGAGACGACUUCAUAACGGCAACCAUCGACGGCGCGGAGGUGGUGCUGUUUUCCCGGCAGUGGCACAGUUACGACGACAAGACAAAAACCAUUGGGAGCGUGCUGCAGCUUUGGAUGACCGACAACAAGCGCAUGCACCCUGUGGGCCCGAUCGCCACGGACCCGCCGCAGAGCCACGACUUCAGCGCUCUGCUGUACGCAAAGGACGAUAACAAGUUGUUUGCCGUGUACGAGAGAAGAGACAACACGUCAAGCGGCCUUAUUUUUGCGCCCCUCACCGAGCAGCUGCAGCGGGUCAAGGAUGUGCUGGGUGCUUGGAAGAAGGCGGACGCAAAAGUCGCAGCGCUUUGCGGCGCCGCCACGACGGCUGGGGGGCCUGCCCAGUCGGGGGCUGCCUGCAACCCUCCGGUGCCCACGGACGGGUUGGUUGGCUUUUUGUCCGACGCUGGGGACGCCGGCCAGUGGGCCGACGACUACCUUUGGAUGAACGCCACGGUGAGGGAGGCGACGAAGAUUGCCAACGGCUUUAACCUGACGGGGCCCGCGUCACACAUUGUGUGGCCGGUGACUGAGCAGGCGGGGGCGCCGGCGUACAGCUUCGCUGGGCGUGGGCUCACCGUGGUGGCGACGGCGACGAUCCGUCGCGCCCCCACGAGCGCCACCACGUUGCUGGGCGUGGGGGUGAGCGUGGGCCGGCACGUGCUGGAGCUGAGCCUGAGCUACGACGAGGGGAAGCGGUGGCGGACGGGCGGCAGGGGAGGCGCGAGUGCGGCAGCUCUGCCGUGGAUGGAGGGGGCGACGUACCAGGUGGCGCUGACGGUCCGGGACGUCAACGGCAGCGCCUACGUUGACGGCGAGAUGGUGGGGCCGCUGGUGGGCACCCUCGUGCCUGCGUCGGCUCUCAGCAGCACGACGGACGCGGGCGCUGGGGCGGGGGCCGAAGAAAUACUGCUGCCGCUGCAGGAUGAUUUGUCGUACGUUUUCUUUGGGGGCGACGGGGCCGGUGCGGGGGGCGCAGGGAACGAAGUGACGCUGACGAACGUUUUUCNGUACAACCGG